AUGCUGCUGACGGGCACUGUCAACACACUGGCCACAAAGGUUCAGUUUGGUUUGACGAGCAUCGGCCUUGACGGCCGAGCAGAGGUCUUCCACAAGCCAUGGUUCGGGACGUUUAAUAUGCUUUUCGCCAUGUCACUGGUUAUGGUAGUGGAGCGGAUCGGAACCAGCCUGGCUGCCGCAUGCUGUCGUCCGCGAAUGAAAAUGGAGGACGCGCUGCUGCCGAAAGAGGGAUCGGCGGAAGGCAGACGAAGAAAGAUCCUUCUUGUCGCCAUCCCAGCCUUCAGCGACCUCCUAGCAACGGUGCUGGCGUGCAUUGGAAUCAUGUACAUCCCUGCCAGUGUGUGGCAAAUGCUCAGAGGUGCAACCUUGUUCUUUACCGGCAUUUUCUCGGUCACUCUUCUGAAGCACAAGCUUUAUGUCUUCAAUUGGAUUGGUCUUCUGCUUUGCAUCACAGGUGUCGUGACCGUAGGCUAUGCAAGCGUGGAGGGUGAAAAGAGUGGAUCUGGAGCUCAAGAUUCAUCUUCGGUCGCCUUCGGAGUCACGCUGACUUUGCUUGGGCAAGUAGUCCAAGCUGCCCAGGUCAUUGCUGAGGAGUACCUCAUGAAGGACGUGGAUCUUCCUGCUGUAGAGAUCAUUGGCUACGAGGGCCUUUGGGGUGUGCUGAUGAUGGUUGUGAUAGUUUACCCGACGCUGUGGCUGCUACCCGGCCCAGACCACGGGCAUGCGGAAGACAUCGUGGACACGCUUGCGCUCGUGAACAACAGCCAUACCCUGCUCUGUGUGGUGACCAUCUAUUUGAUUUCCUGCGGCACCUUCAACAUUACAGGAAUUGCUGUCACCGGGGCCUUGUCUGCAGUGCACCGAAUGAUGCUGGAUGCAUCCAGGACGAUGAUUAUUUGGGGUUUCGGGCUUUUCGUCCACUACAAGGUUGAUCCACAGUCGCCUUUUGGUGAAGAGUGGACUUCUUCUAGCAGGCUUCAGCUCUGCGGCUUCCUCGUUCUGAUCACUGGCCAAGCCAUUUAUGGGGAGAUCAUUCGUCUUCCUGGGUUGAGGUACCCGGCACAAAGCUUUGAUGAUCAUGCCAAAUUUGCCUCUCCUGCCGCUGCCCUGAAUUUUGCAAGCAAAGCUAGAUGCAGUCUGCGCCUGCUGGAUGCUUUGAAUGUGCUGCUCACAGAGCUCUACCGUGUUGCCGGCCAACGAGGCGCAGAGUGCAUCCCUCUCGUCAUGGAGUGCAUGACUCAGCGCUUGGCUGGCCGGCUGCAGGACCUUGGCACUCAAGCAAAGUUGGGAGUGCUGGAGGCUGUGGUCACGUGCGUGCUGAAGCUGCAGGGUUCCGUUUGGCUGACCUGUUUGAAUCAGUCACAGGUCAGGGACAAGAGGCUCACCCCUUUGGACUUGCAAAACUUGCUGGAAAAGGCUGCAGAAGAAAGACACGGAAGGUGCAAACUCGUGCCAAAGCAGUCAAACAAGUGCAGACAGAUUGCCGUCUUCAUGAAGAGAACAAAGAAGGCAGGCAUUUUGCCUCGGAUGCUGCACGAGAUCCUGCAGACGCGUAUCAUGGUCAAGAAGGCCCUUAAGGCUCUGCAUAAGGACGUUGGCAACGCCACUGAGGCAAGAGCUCGACUGCUGGAUGCCAGACAGUUCGGCCUGAAGAUGAUUGCGAACGUCACAUAUGGCUACACGGGUGCAUCCUUCAGUGGUAGGAUGCCGUUCGUCGAACUGGCCGAUGCCAUUGUUCAGACAGCCAGGCGCACCUUGGAGCGCGCCGUGCGCUGGGUGGAGAAAGAGGUAGCUGGUGCCGAGGUGCUUUAUGGAGACACUGAUUCCAUGUUCGUUCGAUUGCCUGGGAGAUCCAAGGAAGAGGCCUUCAAAGAAGGAGCAAGGAUCGCCAAAGAGGUGACCAGCCACAAUCCAACGCCCGUUGAGCUCCAGAUGGAUAAAGUGUACUGGCCGUGCUGUCUGGUGUCCAAGAAGCGAUAUGUUGGGCACGCGUGGACAUCACCCUCUGAUGCAGCGCCUGUUUUCGAUGCCAAGGGCAUCGAAACCGUCCGAAGGGACCAAUGCGCAGCAACGCAACACGUUCUACGAGGUGCUCUCGAAGUCUUCUUCGAGUCAAGAGGCGAUCUUUCCGUCCUCAAGCAAUACAUCCGGAGGCACGUGGACAGGAUGCGUGAGGGCCGCUUCAAUCUUCAUGACUUCAUCUUUCAUCACGAGGUCCGACCACCUGACGAGUACAAGGGCCUUGGACCAUUGGCGGCUCAGGCCGUACGUCGCAGUGGCGCCUCGUGGCCGUCUCCUGGCGAGAGGUUCUCCUUUGUUGUUGCGGAAGGGCCUCCUGGGUCGAGAUUGGCAGACGUGGCUGUAAUCCCAGACGAGGUGACAGGUGGACGCCCAGUAGCAGAAGCAGAGGCAGGUCGCGCGCCAUUGUACCUGGACAUUGAGUACUAUUUGGAGCGUCAGAUGGGCCCGACACUUCACCGCCUGUUCAUGCUUGUUCGAGGACCAAAUGGGCUGCAAGGGCAGGUGGACGUUCGUCGUUGGAUUGCGGAAGGUCCACGCCCAAAGCGCAGGGAUGUGGCCGCGAUGGCGCUUCAAAGCUCGUCAUCCGCAUCUGCUAUGCUGAGCAGCAUGGCAUCUGGCUACAGCUGCCAGGCGUGCGGGCAGAGAGCAGGCGUUGGGAUCCGCGGUACGAUCGGUCUUUGUAACCAUUGCCAGCGUGGUGCAGCGGUUCCAAGGCUACUUGAUGGUAUGUGUCAAAGGGGCUACUGGGAGAAGCGCAUCCAAGGCUGCAGAGAGAUGUGCAUGCGCUGCUGCAACUCCGUCGACAUCGAGGAGGAUUGCCGCAACAUCUAUUGCAAAGUUUUCUUCCGCAAGGUUAAUGCGCAGCUGCAGCUGAGCGCAUGUGUCGCUCCAAAGUCAUGGCCAGCUGCAGUGGAUUGGUGA